GAGAAGGAAGGGAGCCAGCCGAGUCCACCACCACCACCACUGCAGACUCUCCUUGCUGCUCGCUCCCUCCCUCCGCGUCCCCUCCAAAAACCCAAUAAAAAACGUACCUUUCCUUCCCCUCCUCUCCUUCGCCUCGCUUUCCCCCCACCUCCCUCCCUCCCUCCCUCGAUCCCCUCGCCGGGAAGAUCCGAUCCCAUCCACCUCCCGGCUCAAUCAGAGCCCCCCACUCGGCGGCGGAGCAGAGCAGGGCGGAGGCGGAAGGAAAUGUUGCGCCUUUGAUCGACGCGGCCUCCCGGUGGUGCUUCUCCUGGCCCGCGGCGAUGGGCUGCUUCUCCUGCUUCGACUCGCCCGCCGAUGAGCAGCUCAACCCCAAGCUCGGCGGCGCCGGAGGGUACGGCGGCGCGUCCUCGGCCGCCGCAGCGUACGGCGCCGGCUCCGGCGCCGGCCGGCACGGGGACAGGGGGUAUCCGGACCUGCAGCAGGCGCCCAUGGCGGCCCCGCGCGUCGAGAAGCUCUCCGCAGCGGCUGAGAAAGCGAGGGUCAAGAGUAAUGCGCUCGCGAGAGAGGCUUCGGUGCCAAAGGAUGCCAAUGGCAAUGUUAUCUCUGCGCAAACUUUCACCUUCCGCGAGCUUGCCACAGCCACCAGGAACUUCAGGCCCGAGUGCUUCCUGGGAGAAGGAGGGUUUGGGCGCGUUUACAAAGGCCGUCUCGAGAGCACAGGCCAGGUUGUUGCUAUAAAGCAGCUUAAUAGGGAUGGGCUUCAAGGAAACAGAGAAUUUCUAGUAGAAGUCCUCAUGCUCAGUUUAUUGCAUCAUCAAAACCUGGUUAAUUUGAUUGGCUAUUGUGCUGAUGGCGAUCAGCGCCUUCUUGUUUAUGAGUAUAUGCCAUUCGGAUCAUUGGAAGAUCAUUUACACGAUCUACCUCUUGAUAAGGAGGCCUUGGACUGGAACACCAGGAUGAAAAUUGCAGCAGGUGCUGCCAAAGGACUGGAGUACCUACAUGACAAAGCUAAUCCUCCAGUUAUUUAUAGGGAUUUUAAGUCAUCAAACAUUCUAUUGGAUGAAGGUUUCCACCCAAAGCUCUCUGACUUUGGCCUUGCUAAGUUGGGUCCUGUUGGUGAUAAAUCUCAUGUCUCAACACGUGUGAUGGGUACAUAUGGUUAUUGUGCACCGGAGUAUGCUAUGACAGGACAACUGACAGUGAAGUCUGAUGUGUAUAGCUUUGGAGUUGUCCUGCUUGAGUUGAUUACUGGUCGUAGGGCUAUCGACAGCACUAGACCACAUGGAGAACAAAAUCUUGUCUCAUGGGCACGGCCUCUUUUCAAUGACAGAAGAAAACUCCCUAAAAUGGCUGACCCUAGGCUGGAAGGGCGAUAUCCCAUGCGCGGGCUUUACCAAGCCCUCGCGGUAGCAUCCAUGUGCAUUCAGUCGGAGGCUGCUUCCCGCCCACUGAUUGCAGAUGUUGUGACUGCUCUGUCCUACUUGGCAUCUCAGUCAUAUGAUUCCAAUGCGGCCCUUGCUUCAAGGAAGCCUGGUGGCGACCAGCGAAGCAAGCCUGGGGAGAACGGCAGGGUGGUUUCCAGGAACGACGAGACCAGCAGCUCCGGCCACAAGUCGCCGGGCAAGGACAGGGAGGACUCACCCCGGGACCUCCCAGGUAUACUGAACAAGGACUUUGACCGGGAGCGCAUGGUGGCAGAGGCCAAGAUGUGGGGUGACCGUGAGCGCAUGGUAGCGGAGGCGAAGAUGUGGGGCGACCGCGAGCGCAUGGUGGCCGAGGCGAAGAUGUGGGGCGAGAACUGGCGUGACAAGCGGCGAGCGGAGAAUGGGCAGGGGAGCCUGGAUUCGCCAACCAGGAACAGCUAGGGUGCAAGAUUAAAGGAGAGAGAAGACGACGGCAGAGGUUUUCAUCCAUCCACCCAUGCAUUAUCUGUUUAUUUCCAGGUCGAUUUGCGUUCUGGUGGCGGAGGGAGGACAGGGAGGGUUAGAUGUACAUUCCUAGGGCGGGAUCGCGGGGAAAACACGGUGGUGUUGUACUGGACAGUGGAUGCAUGUGGUUGUACUUGUAAAUUCUCAGAAAAUUUUGUGAGAAUGAAAGGACAUUUUGAGUUCCACUUGUAAAA